CUGGCCCCGCACGGUCCUGGAGGCAGAUUUUGCUGGAGAAGCCGCAGUCCCGGUGUUUCGGGCGCUGCUGGGGAGGACCGUGCAGCUCAGAGCGCAGACCUCAGCUGUCAUGUGCCCGCGCGCAAGAACCCCCGUCGCUCAGCGGACCCGGGCAGCUGCUAACUUGGCGGCGAGCUCCUGCGGCCCCGCGGCGGCCAUGUAGUCGCCGGCGGGGCUCUCCGCAGCCCAGGAGCGGCAGAGAGAGCAAUCCGGAGCCGAGCCGCCCGCGGCUUCCCCGGAGGCGCUGAGUGCGCGCCGCGCCCGCGAGCACUUGGGCCCGAAAGGGAAAUGGGGGAGAAAGUUUCGGAGGCGUCGGAGCCGGUGCCCCGCAGUCACGGCGGCUACGAUGCCCGGACCCUUGCCCCUGCGGCGGCCACCGUGUCGUCGCCGGGCGCUUCUUCGGCCGAGUCCUCUUCGGGCUCAGAAACUCUAUCGGAGGAAAGGGAGCCUGGUGGCUUCUCCCGCGAGCAGCUGCAGCUGCCGCCGCCGGGCGGCGCCCUGAGUAUCCGACCCACCGCCGUAUGGGUUCCCGCGCGCGGGGUGCCGGGGCGCCGAAUCGCCGGGCCGCCGCCGCCGCCCCCCGGAGGAGCCGCGCCCCCCGCGCCCGGGGGCAGCAGCGCGUCCCAGGAGGAGCAGGACGAGGAGCUUGAUCACAUAUUGUCCCCUCCACCCAUGCCGUGUCGGAAAUGCAGCAACCCAGAUGUGGCUUCUGGCCCUGGAAAGUCACUGAAGUUUAAAACACAGCUGAGCGAGGAUGGAAGACAGCUGCGGCGAGGGAGCCUGGGAGGAGCCCUGACUGGGAGGUACCUUCUUCCAAACCCCAUGGCCGGGCAAGCCUGGCCUGCUUCUGCGGAGACGUCCAACCUCUUGCGCAUGCGCAGCCAGGCCCUGGGCCAGUCGGCGCCUUCGCUCACAGCCAGCCUGAAGGAGCUGAGUCUCCCCAGAAGAGGAAGUCUUUGCCGAACAAGUAACCGGAAAAGCUUGAUAGGCAAUGGGCAGUCACCAGCAUUGCCUCGACCGCACUCACCUCUCUCUGCUCAUGCAGGAAACAGCCCUCAAGAUAGUCCAAGAAAUUUCUCCCCCAGUGCCUCAGCCCAUUUUUCAUUUUCACGGAGGACUGAUGGACGCCGCUGGUCAUUGGCUUCUCUCCCCUCCUCCGGCUAUGGGACAAACACGCCCAGCUCCACGGUUUCUUCAUCCUGUUCCUCUCAGGAGAAGUUGCAUCAGUUACCAUACCAACCAACGCCAGAUGAGUUGCACUUCUUAUCAAAACAUUUUUGUACCACCGAAAGCAUCGCCACUGAGAACAGAUGCAGGAACACGCCAAUGCGUCCCCGUUCCCGAAGUCUGAGCCCUGGACGUUCUCCUGCCUGCUGUGACCAUGAAAUAAUUAUGAUGAACCAUGUCUACAAAGAAAGGUUCCCAAAGGCUACAGCUCAGAUGGAAGAACGUCUAAAGGAAAUUAUCACCAGCUACUCUCCUGACAACGUUCUUCCCCUAGCAGAUGGCGUGCUUAGUUUCACUCACCAUCAGAUUAUUGAACUGGCUCGAGAUUGCUUGGAUAAAUCUCGCCAGGGUCUCAUCACCUCACGAUACUUCCUUGAAUUACAGCACAAACUAGAUAAGUUGCUACAGGAGGCUCAUGAUCGUUCAGAAAGUGGAGAGUUGGCAUUUAUUAAACAACUAGUCCGAAAGAUCCUAAUUGUUAUUGCCCGCCCUGCUCGGUUAUUAGAGUGCCUGGAAUUUGAUCCCGAAGAAUUUUACUACCUAUUGGAAGCAGCAGAAGGCCAUGCAAAAGAAGGACAGGGUAUUAAAACUGACAUCCCCAGGUACAUCAUUAGCCAGCUGGGGCUCAAUAAGGAUCCCUUGGAAGAAAUGGCACAGUUGGGAAACUAUGAUAGUGGGACAGCAGAAACACCAGAAACAGAUGAAUCAGUGAGUAGCUCUAAUGCUUCCCUGAAACUUCGAAGGAAACCUCGGGAAAGUGAUUUUGAAACGAUCAAAUUGAUUAGCAAUGGAGCCUAUGGGGCAGUCUACUUCGUUCGGCAUAAGGAGUCACGGCAGAGGUUUGCCAUGAAGAAGAUUAAUAAACAGAACCUCAUCCUCCGAAACCAGAUCCAGCAGGCCUUUGUGGAACGGGAUAUCCUGACUUUUGCAGAAAACCCCUUUGUUGUCAGCAUGUAUUGCUCCUUUGAAACAAGACGCCAUUUGUGCAUGGUCAUGGAAUACGUGGAAGGGGGAGAUUGUGCUACCUUAAUGAAAAACAUGGGUCCUCUCCCUGUUGAUAUGGCCAGGAUGUACUUUGCUGAGACAGUCCUGGCCUUGGAAUAUCUACAUAAUUAUGGAAUUGUACACAGGGACUUGAAACCAGACAACUUGUUGGUCACCUCCAUGGGGCACAUAAAGCUGACUGAUUUUGGAUUAUCCAAGGUGGGACUAAUGAGCAUGACUACCAAUCUUUAUGAAGGCCAUAUUGAGAAGGAUGCACGAGAGUUCCUGGAUAAACAGGUCUGUGGCACACCUGAAUACAUUGCUCCAGAAGUGAUUCUGAGGCAGGGCUAUGGGAAGCCAGUGGACUGGUGGGCCAUGGGGAUUAUCCUCUAUGAAUUUCUGGUUGGAUGCGUGCCAUUCUUUGGGGACACUCCAGAAGAGCUAUUUGGACAAGUCAUCAGUGAUGAGAUAAACUGGCCUGAAAAGGAUGAGGCGCCACCACCCGAUGCCCAGGAUCUGAUUACCUUGCUUCUCAGGCAGAAUCCCCUGGAGAGGCUGGGAACAGGUGGUGCAUAUGAAGUCAAACAGCAUCGAUUCUUCCGUUCCUUAGACUGGAACAGUUUACUGAGACAGAAGGCAGAAUUUAUUCCACAACUGGAAUCAGAAGAUGACACAAGUUAUUUUGAUACUCGGUCAGAAAAAUAUCACCAUAUGGAAACUGAAGAAGAAGAUGAUACAAAUGAUGAAGACUUUAAUGUGGAAAUAAGGCAGUUUUCUUCAUGUUCACAUAGAUUUUCAAAAGUUUUCAGCAGUAUAGAUCGAAUAACUCAGGAUUCCAGAGAAGAGAAAGAAGACUCUGGAGACAAAAUCAAAAGCACAACUUUGCCAUCCACAGAAACGUUAAGCUGGAGUUCGGAAUAUUCUGAAAUGCACCAGUUAUCCACAUCCAACUCUUCAGAUACUGAAAGCAACAGACAUAAACUCAGUUCUGGCCUGCUUCCCAAACUGGCUAUUUCAAGAGAGGGAGAACAAGAUGAAGCUGCCCCCUGCCCUGGAGACCCCCAGGAAGAGCCAGAAAAGCCAGCCCUUCCUGCUGAAGAGUGUGCUCAGGAGGAGCCUGAGGUCACCACCCCAGCCAGCACCAUCAGCAGCUCCACCCUGUCAGUUGGCAGUUUUUCAGAGCACUUGGAUCAGAUAAAUGGACGAAGCGAGUGUGUGGACAGUACAGAUAAUUCCUCAAAGCCAUCCAGUGAACCCGCUUCUCACAUGGCUCGGCAGCGAUUAGAAAGCACAGAGAAAAAGAAAAUCUCGGGGAAGGUCACAAAGUCCCUUUCUGCCAGUGCUCUGUCCCUCAUGAUCCCAGGAGAUAUGUUUGCUGUUUCUCCACUGGGAAGUCCAAUGUCUCCCCAUUCCCUGUCAUCAGACCCUUCUUCUUCACGUGACUCCUCUCCCAGCCGAGAUUCUUCAGCAGCUUCUGCCAGUCCACAUCAACCCAUUGUGAUUCACAGUUCAGGGAAGAAUUAUGGCUUCACCAUUCGAGCCAUAAGGGUGUACGUGGGAGACAGUGAUAUCUACACAGUGCACCACAUCGUCUGGAAUGUAGAAGAAGGAAGUCCAGCCUGCCAGGCGGGACUGAAAGCUGGGGAUCUGAUCACGCACAUCAACGGAGAACCAGUGCAUGGACUUGUCCACACAGAAGUCAUAGAGCUCCUACUCAAGAGUGGAAAUAAGGUGUCAAUCACUACUACCCCGUUUGAAAACACAUCAAUCAAAACAGGACCAGCCAGGAGAAACAGCUAUAAGAGCCGGAUGGUGAGGCGGAGUAAGAAAUCUAAGAAGAAAGAAAGUCUAGAAAGGAGGAGAUCCCUUUUCAAAAAACUAGCCAAGCAGCCUUCUCCCUUACUCCAUACCAGCCGGAGCUUCUCCUGCCUGAACCGAUCCCUGUCCUCGGGAGAGAGCCUGCCGGGCUCCCCCACUCACAGCUUGUCUCCCCGGUCUCCGACACCGAGCUAUCGCUCCACUCCUGACUUCCCGUCCGGUACUAAUUCCUCCCAGAGCAGCUCUCCAAGUUCAAGUGCCCCCAAUUCUCCAGCGGGGUCGGGGCACAUCCGACCCAGCACGCUCCACGGUCUGGCACCCAAACUCGGUGGACAGAGGUACCGGUCUGGAAGGCGGAAGUCGGCCGGCAGCAUCCCGCUCUCCCCGCUGGCCCGGACACCCUCUCCAACGCCCCAGCCCACCUCCCCUCAGCGGUCACCAUCACCUCUGCUGGGACACUCGCUCGGCAAUUCCAAGAUCACCCAAGCUUUUCCCAGCAAAAUGCACUCCCCCCCUACCAUCGUCAGACACGUCGUGAGGCCCAAGAGCGCCGAGCCCCCGCGGUCUCCCCUGCUCAAGCGCGUGCAAUCAGAGGAGAAGCUCUCUCCCUCCUACAGCAGCGACAAGAAGCACCUGUGUUCCCGCAAGCACAGUCUGGAGGUGACCCAGGAGGAGGUGCCGCGGGAGCAGUCGCAGCGGGAGGUGACCUUGCAGAGUCUGGAAGAGAACGUAUGUGACGCACCGUCCCUGAGCCGGGCCCGGCCUGUGGAGCAGGGCUGCCUGAAACGCCCCGUCUCCCGGAAGCUGGGAAGGCAGGAGUCCGUGGACGACAUGGACCGAGAGAAGCUGAAGGCCAAGGUGGUGGUGAAGAAGCCAGACGGCUUCCCAGAGAAGCAAGAAUCCCACCAGAAAGCCCACGGAUUCAGCAGUGAUUUGGAAAACCUCACUGCCUUGAGGCUAGACGAGAGAGAGAAGAAAAUACAUCCCAAGGCUUUAGAAAGAUCAAGUCAUUUUGAGAACAAAGUGACCAUGCAGGAGGCCCAGUCCUCCGGCAACCUGUUGAAAGAGGCUCUGCACAAAAAGGCCAGCGUGCGGGCCGGCGAAAGUGGGACAUCAGACGUGGCCGUAGCCAGCUGCCAGGGCACCUGUGACUGCAAACGGGUCUCCUCCCCCGGCACCCUCCACGAUGUCCUCUCUCACCCUGCCAACCGAGUGAAGGUUUCAAGCGCUGGGAAGGUUUCAAGCACUGGGAAGGUUGAAAACCCCGAGAAGGCUGCACAGGCCAAGGAGUUUCUUCAAUGUGAGAAGUUAGACAGCAAGCUCGCCAAUAUUGAUUACCUUCGAAAGAAAAUGUCAGUUGAAGACAAAGAUGACAGCCUCGGCCCCGUGCUAAAGCCCAAGUUGGCACCCAGCUCCCAUGAAUGCCCACUGGGGAGCACAGCCAGGCCCAAGGGUGGGCAGCAAGAGACCCUGCCAGCCCCCGAGGCCCGAGUAUUUAUCACCAGUGCCCAUGCAGCUCAGAUCAGUGUUGUCUCUUUUGUUCCACUCAAGGCCUUAGCUGGCCGGGUGGAAAACGGAGCAGAAAAGCCAGGCUUGGUUGCUCCUGAGUCCCCGGUCAGGAAAAGCCCGUCAGAGUAUAAGCUGGAAGGUAGGUCUGUUUCAUGCCUGAAGCCGAUUGAGGGCACUUUGGACAUUGCUCUUCUGUCUGGACCUCAGGCCUCCAAGACUGAGCCGCCAUCGCCCGAGCCUGCACAGAGCCACGGCCUGGGCAGUGACACGGGAACAUCUGGGCCACCAGUCCUCCCUGGCGGUGCCAGCAAGGGCUAUUCUGCCUGUCAGAGGGAGCCUUGCCCUGCCAGCUUAAAGAAGAACAAAUCCUACCUGCUUGAGCCUCGGUUCCAGCCGCCCAGCUGGGCUUUCCAGAAUCCUCCAGCAGCUCCUCAGCCUGACCCAGAACUAAAGCGAGACAGGAAAGUUUCCCAUCCUGCUGCCAGAAACCUGGUGACAGUCAUGGAAAGCCAUCCUCAAAGGAGAGAGGGUGGUCCCUCCAAACCCCAAGACCACACCCCUGACACCAAGCCUCUUCCUUUCCCAGGCCAGAACCUCCAGAGUGCAGCAGGCCCUGACCCGGCCCCGCCACGCCACCCUCUCCAACCCGAAGGUAGCCCCUUGAGGGAGAAGCCGGUCCCAAGAGAGGCAUCUGAAAGGGAUUCUUCUGCAGCCAGAAGUGAGCGGUCUGCCACAAGGGCCGAUGUUCGCAGAGACCCCUCCACGGAGCUGAGUCCUCCAGAAACUGCUAAAACCAGCGAAAACUCCAAAAAUCUCCCUUCUGUGGGAAAGGCCCGCCCAGAUUUCUACACUCAGACCCAGGCCACGGAGAAAGCUGGGGGGCCCUGUGGAAAAACAAACCCCAAAGAAGGUCGAGAUGAGAUGAGGCCCCUGGCCAGAGAGGACUCCUCUCUGCGCUCAACUGGGCCUCCUUGUGAGAGGUUGCCGAGCAAGGCACGAGGGGCCGUGGAACCCAAGCCGGAAGCUCCUCCCACCAGGCGGGGUCCACAGCCACCGGGCAUGGAGAGUGGUAAGAGUGAAAAGCCCUCCAGUUUCCCUUCUUUGCAGAAAGACAGUCCCAAGGAAUCUGAAAGGAAAGAACAACCUCUACAAAGACCUCUCAACAGUAGCCCUCAACUCCCAGUGACCGCCAAAGAACUCCCCAGCCUGGCCACUCGGCAGCAUUGCAGUUCGCCAAGCCGUUCUUCAGGCGGAGAGCCCAGGAUUGAGCCCAGGGUGAAGCCUUCUGCUGCAGAAGCCAGCCCGGGCCUCCAGGACCCUCCAAAGCCUGCUGCUGUGAACAGUGAAAGCAGCAGCCACAAGCCCAGGCCUGGCCCUGACUCUUGCCCUCCAAAGUCUAAGCACCCAGACAGGCCCCUCUCCUCACAGAAACCGAGCCCUGGAGCAGCCAAGGGCAAAGAGCCUGUCCCUCAGCCCCUGGGCAGUUCCAGCAGAGAGGGGAAGAGCAGCUGUAAGGGGGCCUUGGAUGUCUUCCCUGCCGUCUCGGGCUCCCAGAACAAAGCUAGUGAUGUGAUCGGCCAGGGAGAAAGUGGUCCCUCCCUCCCACUACAGACCCCAGGUGGUCCUCUAGACACCAAGCUGAAACCCACCAGUGGUGGGCAUGCCCCAGAGAUGCUGGAGAAACCCAUGCAUUUGCCAAGGCAAGGACACCCAGGUUUUAGUGAGUCGGUAGACCAGAAAUUUCCCACUGUCAGUGAAAAACAAAGCCUAUCUCCAAAGCACCCGAAACCAUCCACUGUGAAGGAUUGCCCCCCUCUGUGUAAACAGACAGACAAGAGCCCAAGUCAGCAGGCCACCACCGCAGACAGGAAGUCUGAAGGGAAAAAAUGCACCGAAGCACUUUAUGUUUCAGCAGAGAGUGGGAAGCUCGAGGCCAGCCUUUCCAUUGCACACAGUGAGGCUUGGCCAAAAGGCUCAGAGAAGCCCGCAGUGGCAAUGGGGAAGGGUUUCCCGGAGGCCAAGGGGAAAGGGCUCAGUCCCCAGAAGCCACCGACCGAGUCAGGCAAGUCUGGUGGCAUGAAACGGUCACCCUCGGCCACUGGACAGAGUUCUUCCCGGUCCGCCACCCUCCCAGAGAAGUCUCUGAGCUCCUCCUCCAGCUUUCCUGAGGCCAGGCCAGGAGUUCGAGAGCCCUCCACAACCGGCAGUGACACCGCUUCUGCAAAGGCCAAUGGGGGCGUGGCUGAGCCACCCAUCCUCAGCACCAGGGACCAUAGGAAGUCCCUGCCAGGGGGGGAUGGCAAAACCCAAAUGACGAAGAGCGACUCUUUGCCAUCCUUUCGGAGCUCCACCAUCACUCUCGAGUCUUACCAUCCCGCCCCGAACCUGGCGGACGGAGCUGGCCACUGGGACAGGGCCCUCUCAGUAACUGCCACCCUAGGAGAAACCAAGGGGAAAGAGCCUGCCCCAGCCCAGCCUCCCACGGCCAGGAAACAGAAUGUGGUCAGAGAAAUGACCAAGCCAGCCCCAGCUCCAAAUGCUGACCGCCCCAUCACCCUCUCCUCGGAGAAGGACUUUGUGGUGCGGCAGAGGCGGGGGAAAGACAGUUUGCGUAGCAGCCCUCACAAAAAGGCCUCGUAAUGGGGCCGAAUGCCAGGGCACAACGGUGGAGAUCCAGCCUGAAUGUGUAACUGUGUCUUGACUACCUUUCGAAACCAGCACUGUGUGGGAAUGUCCUCCAGGCAGAGCUCAGAGCCUCACUAAGGAAGGGGACAGGGGAGAGAGAAGGCCAGAAAGAGGGGACCUUCUUCCAAAUGCCUUCCCAGUUGUAACCAGUAAAACUGUUACCAUAUAGUGUUUGUGUAAGAAAUACCUUUACAGCUGAGGGAUGUUGACGAAAGAAGAUUGUCUCUGUAGAUAUCGAACAAUGUGUUUGGUUUUGAAUGUAGAGUCUAUACCUUGCUGCUGAUUAUGUUGAUUACCACGGCUUUUUUUUUUUAACAAGAUUUUUGCUUUACCACUUACUUAUCAUAAUAUAUAAUGAAGCAAGAUGGUUAAAACUGUGUGUAUGUAUAAAACAUAUAUAUACACCCAUAUUUGUGUAUAUCCACAUCCACACAUAUGUUUUUGGUUUGUGUUUAAGAGGAUAUUUGAAGGCUACAUUUUUAUACAUUAAAACAUUCUAAGCAGACUUAAAGAUGAAAGAAAUUCCUAACUACAUUAGUUUGUGAGCUUUUUUGAGUAUUUUUAACCAGAGAUUUUGAUAGUACUGUAUCUGGCUACCUGUAUUUCCAGAUCUAAAGCAAGAAAGAACUACUCUAAUCGCUGCAUUUGGAAUCCUCCUCCGUUAGGAAUGACCAAGGCAAAUGGAGCUAGCCAUUUUCAUUGAACGGUCAUCCUAAUGGAUAUUUUGAUCCUGGGUCCAACUGUCUGAAAGGCUAGUUGUCCGUGUCUAUGGGUAGGUAUGUUGGGUCUUCACCCUAGGUGGAGCGGGAACUACAAACACACAUCGGCUUUAUUUCUAUUCUUUCUUUCCCUUCCUUUAGCGCUCUUAAACUCAGGCCUUUAUGCUGUGAGUCACAAGUCCAAGAAGCACACAUUUCUUGGUAGUCCUGCACCAGCCCUGCUCUUGAAUAAAAAGGAACAUUACUGACCGCACACAAACCCGCUAGUACUUAGGUUGAGUAAUAAGCAUCAGCCAUUGGAAGGGGGUUUAAAUUUGCUUUCUUAAGGAAAAGAAGGGGGGUGGAUUUUGGCAUCAUAGCAUAAAUAUUAAGGAAUAAUCAGGACAUCAGAUACAUUUUAAUACAUAGCUGGGGCCUUACGUUGUAGAUGAAGCUUGCUGUUUUUAGCAAGUUCCUGGGUUUCACAUUCAUUUCUGGCGCAUUGAGUAGCUCUAUACAUUUCAUAACAUGAUCUCUUUAUUUGUAUGCAAAAAAUACUGUAUUAAUAAAGAGCAGCAUUUUUGUAACAAAGAGACUUGUUGGAGCUAUUUGGUGCUUGAAUGUGACUGUCCUUUUUACUUUUGCUAAGCCUUAUUUAAAUUUUGUAUACCGUGGGAUACGUAGAAUUUGUCAAAUCAUCUUAGUGCUGAGGUAUUCCUUUUUGUUUGUUUUUUGUUGUUGUUGUCAUUGCAAUUUUUCUGGUGGCUUGUUUUGUAUUGUAAGAGGCACUUGCUGACAUUAAGUAUGAAGGCACUAAGAGAAAAUACACACAGAUACGUAUUUAUAAGUUGCUUGGGAUCUAUAGCAGGCUCUUUUGUUUUGUUUUGUUUUGUUUUGCCGAAGAGAAAAAAAAUUCACCAAUAAACAACUAAUCCAGCACCCAAACUCCCUUGGGGAUAUCUUAGUAUCUUCAGGCUAUAAAAUGGUUCAUCAAAGCACAGCGUCAUCUGAUGGCCCUGUGGGUUGUAAAUCAUCUAGCAAGGCUGUAAACUCCACUCCUAAAACAAAGGCAUAAUUUAAUCAACUCUUUUGGUUGUGCUUCCUUGUAAAAUAAGUUGGCAAUGGCAACAAAAAGAAAAAAGUCUCCUCCUUGCCCCUAAAUUUUUUUUUCAGUGUGCCUCCAGCCAGUUCCCAUCACUACGUUGUAAAACUGUGGUAGAAGCAAAUACUUUACAAGAACAUAAAUGGAUUUCAAAAGCGGUCUCAACAUUUAUAAUACUUAUCUGUGUUUGGAGGUUGUCACAACCCAGUCUCUCUGCACUCAGGCAUCGAGACAGGUCUAUCGGGAAGGUAGUUCAUGGUUUACAGCCUUUGCUUUUAACUGUCCAGUUUCCUUUAAAGCACAACUAGCUGCUUGUUUACAAAUGAUAUUUUUAUGUAUAUUUUGUAUAGUGUAUUAUCAUUUUUGCCAAAUGUUUGUUUGUUUGUUUGUUUGUUUUGCAUUUUGAAUGAGUAAAGAGUACUUAAGGUUGCAUUCAUGUAAUACCUGUUUGUUGUUGUAAACCUCUCCAAUCAGCUGGUAGAAAAUCCUCCUGUGUUCUAGUUGGUCGGUCUCCAUGUGAUUGUAAGAUGUGUUCCUUGGUAGUUCUCCCAGCUGUAUAUUUACCAGCUUAAAAGUUAGGAUCUGUGCAAUAAAGUGUUUGCAGUCUUAUUUUCUUUUAAGAAAUUCCCUAUGGAUGUCAUAAUUGUUGUAUAUUGGACAAAUAUUUAUACUUAUGCAGUUGCAUAACAUUGAAAUAAAAAUUUAGCAUGAAA